AGGCGCAGGGAGAAAAGACUGCCCCCCGAGAGGCGCAGGAGAAAGACUGCCGGCCCCCCCGAGAGGCGCAGGGAGAAAAGACUGCCGUCCCCCGAGAGAGCGCAGGGAGAAAAGACUGCCGUCCCCCCGAGAGGCGCAGGGAGAAAAAGACUGCCGGUCCCCCCGAGAGGCGGAGGGAGGAAAAGACUCGCCGCCUCCCCGAGGCGGGGCGAGGGGAGGGUGGACUGCCAGUCCCCGAGAGGCGCAGGAGGGAGAAAAGACUCGCGUCCCCCGAGAGGGCGCAGUGGAGGCAGAUCACGUGCCUCCUCCCGAGAGGCGAGGGAGAAAAGAGACUGCCGCCCUCUGAGAGGCGCAGGAGAAAAGACUGCCGUCCCCCUCCAGAGGCGCAGGGAGAAAAGACUGCCGUCCUCCCGAGAGGCGCAGGGAGUAGUAAGACGCCACCCCGAGAGGCGCAGGGGAGAAAAGACUGCCGUCCCCCCCGAGAGGCGAGGGAGAAAAGACUGCCGUCCCCCGAGAGGCGCAGGGAGAAGAAGACUGCCCCCGGAGGCAGGGAGAAAAGACUCCCCCGAGAGGCGCAGGGAGAAAGACGGCCGUCCCCCGAGAGGCGCAGGGAGAAAAAAGAGGCUGGAGAAAAAGCCGUCCCCCGAGAGGCGGCAGGGAGAAAAGACUGCCGUCCCCCCCGAGAGGCGCAGAGGGAGAAAAGACUGCCUCCCCAGGAGGCGCAGGGAGAAAAGACUGCCGUCCCCCGAGAGGCGCAGGGAGAAAAGACUGUCAGUCCCCGAGGGCGCAGGGGAGAAAAGACUGCCGUCCCUCCCGAGAGGGCAGGGAGAAAAGACUGCUCGUCCCCGAGAGAGGGCAGGGAGAAAAGACUGCCGCCCCCCGAGGGGCAGGGAGAAAAGACUGUCCGUCCCCCGAGGGGCGCAGGGAGAAAGACUGCCGUCCCCCCCGAGGGGCGCAGGGGAGAAAAGACUGCCGUCCCCGAGGGGCGCAGGGGAAAGACUGCCGGAGAAAAGACUGCCGUCCCCCGAGAGGCGCAGGGAGAAAAGACUGCCGCCCCCCUGAGAGGCGCAGGGAGAAAAGACUCGCCGUCCCCCGAGAGGCGCAGGGAGAAAAGACUGCCGCCCCCGAGGGGCGCAGGGAGAAAAGACUGCCGUCCCCCCCGAGGGGCGCAGGGAGAAAAGACUGCCGUCCCCCCCGAGGGGCGCAGGGAGAAAAGACUGCCGUCCCCCCCGAGGGGCGCAGGGAGAAAAGACUGCCGUCCCCCGAGGGGCGCAGGGAGAAAGACUGCCGUCCUCCCUGAGGGGCGCAGGGAGAAAAGACUGCCGUCCUCCGAGGGGCGCAGGGAGAAAAGACUGCCGUCCCCCAGAGGCGCAGGGAGAAAAGACUGCCUGUCCUCCCGAGGGGCGCAGGGAGAAAAGACUGCCGUCCCCCGAGAGGGCGCAGGGAGAAAAGACUGCCGUCCCUCCCGAGGGGCGCAGGGAGAAAAGACUGCUCGCCCUCCCGAGAGGCGCAGGGAGAAAAGACUGCCGUCCCUCCCGAGAGGCGCAGGGAGAAAAGACUGCCGCUCCCCCGAGGGGCGCAGGGAGAAAAGACUGCCGUCCCCGAGAGGCGCAGGGAGAAAGACUGCCGCUCCCCCCGAGGGGCGCAGGGAGAAAAGACUGUCACGCCUCCGAGGGGCAGGGAGAAAAGACCGCCGCUCCCCCGAGAGGCAGCAGGGAGAAAAGACUGCCGUCCCCCUGAGGCGCGAGGGAGAAAAGACUCUGCCGUCCCUGAGGCGCAGGGAGAAAGAGACUGCCGUCCCCCUGAGGCGCAGGGAGAAAAGACUGCCGCCCCUCUCGAGGCGCAGGGAGAAAAGACUGCCGUCCCCCUGA